ACCUACCUUCGAAGUAGGUAUGUAUUCAUUAACAUAUGAUCUUGAACAGGUACAUAGAUGUAUAUAAUUCUAUGCGCUCCAGCUACACUUGUCCGUCUAGAAGUCUAUCAAAUCUCCAGCUUGAAAUGUAUUGUUGUAUAACGUAAACACUCAUUCUAUUCUCAUUAUGUCAUCUCGAUUUUGGACGCCCGGGUUGGUGCGACGGCCAAGGGAAUCUGAGGGGUCCUUUUAUUUCCGAGAUCCUAGCGAUAAUGAAUGUGAUACUGAAGCAAGCGAUCCGGAUCUUCAGGAUGACACGAUGGUCAUCGGGAUAGAUUUUGGAACUACCUAUUCCGGAGCUGCUUGGGCUACCGCUGCUGACUUUGAGGCCCACCAGAUCAAUCUGAUUACUUCCUGGCCGGGAACAGGGCGAGAGGAAGGCAAGGCCCCUACCGAGCUUUGCUACGAGGAUGGACAAGUCACUUGGGGCUAUGAUGUCCCUCCUGAUUCCGACCCACUCCGUUGGUUCAAGCUGUUGUUAUUAAAGGAUGAGGAUCUUUCGCCAGAAAUUAGAUCCUCGGACUACAUUCUCAGAGGACGAAAGAUGUUGCGGGAGAAUGGGAAAACAGUGGUGGAACUCGUCGCAGACUACCUUCGAGGCUUCUGGGAUCAUAUCAUUCAUGAGAUAACGAAGGCCCGAGGCCGGGGAGUUAUCGAUGCCCUUCGAUUCCACGUGGUUAUAACUCUUCCAGCCAUUUGGAAAGGAUAUGCCCGAAAGGGGAUGGAAGAGGCUGCCAAGAAAGCUGGCAUCCUCAACGAGCGUGAUGCCGGUGAUACAACCUUGAGCUUCGCCCCAGAACCGGAGGCUGCAGCACUUAGCACACUGUGCGAGCCAGGAAGGCGGGUUAAUAAAGGUGAUGUUUACAUCAUCUGUGAUGCUGGUGGCGGCACUGUUGAUUUAAUUAGUUAUGAGAUCGAACAGGCCAAUCCACUUGCUGUGCGUGAAGUAGCAGAAGGAGUAGGAGGGCUUUGCGGUGGCAUCUUCAUCGACGAAGCGUUCGAACAGAUUUGCAAGAACCGGCUUGGAAUGGGUUGGGGUCGCCUAAGCAAAGCAGGCGUCCGAGAUGUAAUGAAGGGCGAGUGGGAACAAGCUAUCAAACCACAGUUCAAGGUUUUAAACAGCAAGAAAGAAUACAUUGUGUCGGUCCCAGCUGAAGCUUUCCUCACCAUAUCCUCUCAAACAGAUACCAGCCGUCUGCCCUUCAUCAAGAGAGGGCGCAUCCAUUUCAAAGAAUCUGACUUACAGAAAGCAUUUACCACUGUAUUUGCCAAAAUCGAGAAGCUCAUCGAUGGGCAGAUAGACUCUGUGAAAUGGAAGGGCUUAAAUGCUACCGGCAUCAUCCUUGUGGGUGGACUUGGCUCAAGUCCUUAUCUAUACGAGAUCCUCAGGACCAAGUAUACGAAACAAAAUAUCCAGGUUUUGCAGUCUGGUGGCAUAAGACCACGAACGGCCAUAAGUCGGGGUGCUGUCUUCAAGGGAUUCAUUAAUAACAGGGCCAAUAUGGACGACGCCCGUCGAGAAAAACUACCCGUCCCCCCAAUCGCCGUUACCUCGACGAUCUCGAGGGCCAACUUCGGAGUCGAAUUCCUAGCGCCUUUUGAAAAAGGUAAACACCUGGAAGAAGACAGAGUAUGGGACUUCGACGAAGAUGUGUGGAUGGCACGCAAUCAAAUGCAUUGGUAUUUGAAGAGGGGCGAUGAUGUGACUAAGUGCAACCCCGCCCGGGCUGAAUGGUAUAGGACGUUCCAAACGGGCUUCAGUAAAACGAUGUGUACGGAAGUCUAUCAAUGUACGGAAAAGCCGGCCCCGAACCGGCAUGUCAAUACGGUAUCGACCUUGUGCAAGAUUGAGUGGGUUCCAGACGUUUCCUGGGAAAAGUUAGAGUGGCAUACAAGCCUUACCGGGAAGAGAUAUAAGAGACUGGAUUAUGCGCUAGAGUUCAAACCUCUGGGAGCCACAGCGGAAUUCACAGUAUAUAUUGAUGGGCGGAAACAGCAAGGAAAGCGAUCAGUCGUCGCAAUCCAGUAUGACAGUUAAAGAUUGAGGCUAUGUCCCAUUGUCGGUAUAUCAACCUGGAUUAGUUAGGUAUGGAGGGAGAAAUUGUAUGUGCAUCACCUGGAUCGGUCGUUUUUUGGUACUUAGCAAGUACUCGUAUUCCUGCAUUGCAGGAUAUGGAUGUUUGGUUGCGAACUCAUAUUGUAUUGAUAGCCGUUAGUAACUACUAGGUAGGAAGUUUCAAAAAGAGGAUGAAUGUUUCGCAA